UCUCUCGAUUCUCGCUCAGUUUCGUUUCGGCAAUCAUUCGAAUCACACAAAAGCACAUUUACAUUGAAUCGCUAAAUCCGCGUAUAGUUAUGGCACGCCAAUCGCUGAGACUCCUGCUGGGAGUCCUCUUGCUUGCCAUCGGCCUUUCCGAUGCCGCCGUCCUGAAUCCUGUGGUCACCAACUACACCAUCGAUAUCCUGCGCCUGGCCAAGGCGGCGCACAUCAAGGCCUACAUGGGUGAGAACGAGGAGGAGCCCUGCCGUAAUUUCUACAACUUUGCCUGCGGCAAUUGGCCACGCCUUCACCCGGCUCGUGUCUCUAAGCAGCGGACCAACUACCUGGAGGAGCUCCAGGAGCUAUACAUCCGCAAAAGUGCCGAUAUGUUGAAGAGCGCCACGCGGGGAGCCGAGAAUAGUGCCGAUCGUCAGCUGAAGAACUUCUUUGGCUCGUGCCGCCGUCAGGCUAAUGACACGCGAUCCGCAUUGACGACCCUGUUCCAGGUGGCGGAUUUCAGAGGAGGCUGGCCAGAGAUUAGGGUUCCCUCCUGGUAUCAAUACGAGUACGACUGGCUCCAGGUGGUGGCCAAUCUCAAGCGCAAGUUGGGCGUGGAUAUCUUCAUUGGCCUGGAGGUGAUCCUGGACUACAAGGAGGAGAAGAUGCACCGCCUGAAGAUAGGAGCUCCCAAGUUUCCCAUGGCGCGACGUCUCUACUUGCACGAUCACUUCGAGGGCACUCGGGAAAUGUACGAACGAUCGAUUGUGAAUAAGCUAAAGCUCUACUUUCCCGAGCAAUCCACUCGCUGGCUGGAUGAGGUGGCCUCGCAGGUGCUGCAUGUCGAGCAGCAACUGGCCAAGGGUCUGCCCCACAACCCCGCCCUUACGCUGGAGCAAACUACUCGCCAGAGGACGGCUAAUGAAAUGAAGGCUGCCUACGGCAGCUAUGUGGAUGUGACUCGCUACCUGCAACUGAUCUUCAAUGACAACCUGUACAUGGACUUGUACGAGACGCCGGAGGACUAUCUAUCCAACUUGGUAGAUGUGAUCCGAUCGACACCUAAGCUGCAGUUGGCCAACUACACCAUGUGGAAGGCCCUGGAAGCGAUGGACGGUGCUCGUGUACCACAAGCACAGCAGCCGGAUAUCUGGUGUGUCCAGCUGGCACAGCGGUACUUCCCCCAGCAGCUGGAGAGCCUGUUCCAUCGCAACUACAAUCACAUGCAAAUGAUCAACGAACUGCAGUCCACAUGGUCGGACAUCAAGCGCGUGUUCAGGGAGGAUCUACAGGCCUCGGAGAAGCUGCAUUGGCUCACCUUGGAGACCCGGCAGAAGGCCAUCAGCAAGCUGGAGGCUCUGAAGCUACAAUUCCGCACUCACGACGACAGCAAACUGAUCCGACAGGUGCACGGACUUAACCUGCACGCGGAUCGUUUCUACCCGAACCUGGUCGAAGUUCUCCAGUGGCAGACAAGACGUGGACUGGCCAAGCUAGUAGAGGAGCCGGUGGCCGAGGACGAGGUGUACAAGCUGCCGCACUACGAGCUGCAGAAGAACCGCAUUCAGGUGCCGAUUACGUUCCUGCAGGCACGUUUCUUCUGGGAUCCCGCCUAUCCGAAUGCCCUGAAGUAUGCCACUCUAGGCGUCCUCCUGGCCCGUCAGAUGCUGCACGGUUUCGAUGGCGUUGGCCGUCGAUAUGAUGCCUACGGUUACCAGAACAAUUGGUGGGAUGGCACCUCGGAGAGUUCGUACUCGCGACGCUCACAGUGCUUCCAGGAGCAGUACGCCAUCUUUGUCCAGUUUAAGGAGAAACCGGUGCAGGACAAGGAUCUGCUCCGUCGGGUUGUGGCCGACAACGGAGCUCUGGAUAUCGCCUAUCGUGCCUAUCAGCAGUGGCUGAAGAACGCGGCCGAGACUCCGGUUAUUUAUCAACGAGAGCAGCUGCCGCUCUUGGAACGCAACCACAAUCAGCUAUUCUACCUGGGCUAUGCUCAGCUGUACUGUUCCGAUUAUCCGGAGACUGUGGAGCGAUUCGAUGAGCUGCCGGAGCAGCUGCGCAUCAAUACCGCGCUGUCCAACUCCCAGCAGUUUGCCAACGCCUAUGGCUGCUCCCGCGAGGACAAGCUUAAUGCCCGCUUCAAGUGCACCCUCUACUGAGAGGAGUCCGAUGCCCUCCAUGCUUCAUACUAUAUGUAUUUCACCAGAAUAUCUAAUAAAAGGUUUUCCUGCACUUGUCAUUCA